AUGUCAAGUUGCUUUGGGCGCUUUCCGCCUACUACUAUUACUACUAUUAAUUUAUUUAAUAAAAGCGUUCGUGAAAAGUAUUUGCCUAAUAUUUCAAAAGUCUUUCACAGCCCUUCAUUUUAUUACAAUACCAAAAAACAGCAACAUAAAUCCAGUUCACAUGUUGCUGGCAUCAACACCAUCAAUAACCCUUUUCGCCUUGCAAUUAUUGGUAGUGGACCAGCAGGGUUCUACACAGCUCAGCGAGUUCUAAAAAACUGCUCGUUUGCUACAGUAGACAUGUAUGAAGCGCUACCGACUCCACACGGGUUAGUCCGGUACGGUGUUGCCCCCGAUCACCCGGAGGUCAAGAACGCUCAAAAUAGAUUCGACGAGGUCGCGCGUGAUCCAAGGUAUAGAUUUGUGGGUAAUGUGAGUGUAGGCACAAACCUCACAAUCAACGAUCUCAAAGCACAUCACGAUGCAAUAGUGUUAUCGUAUGGCGCAACCGAGGAAAAAACUCUUGGAAUCGAAUUCGAGGACGGUACAGUAUUGAAAAAUAUUUUUUCUGCACGAGAGUUUGUAGGGUGGUAUAAUGGGAUGCCACAAUAUCGUAAUUUGAUGCCGGAUUUGACGAGAUCGGAUACGGCUGUGGUGAUUGGUCAUGGAAAUGUCGCGCUAGACAUUGCACGUAUUUUGUUGAUGGAUGUUGGUGCGUUGGCAAAGACUGAUAUUACGGAGUACGCGUUAUCAGCGCUACGGAAUAGUAAAAUACGGAAUGUUAUUGUGCUGGGAAGAAGAGGGCCGUUGCAGGUUUCAUUUACCGCCAAAGAACUACGCGAAAUGAUGAACUUGCCAAACACAAAAUUCGUGACUGAGUUCAAUUUUGUGAAACAAGAAUUAGAAACACAUGCUGAUUUAAUUUCGAAAAAUCGUUCAUUGAAGCGGUUAAUGCAAAUUAUAGAAAAGGGAUUUAUUAAUACUACAACUACCAAUAAUCAACCCGAAAAAACAUGGACAUUAAAGUUUCUACGAAGUCCAAUAGAAUUUAUUCCAAAUAAUGAAACGGAACCUUCGUAUGUACAAGGAUUAAGACUAAAUGUGAAUAGACUGGAGGGUUCAUUCGAGAAAUGCGUUGCGGUUCCAACUGGUAAUGUGGAAGAAUUAGAAGCUAGUUUGGUCGUGAAGAGCCUUGGGUAUCGUAGUAAACCGCUAGAGGGUGUACCAUUCGAUCAUAAAAGGGGGCUGAUACCUAAUGUGAAUGGUAAAAUGUUGGACGAAGAGGGCAACGAGUUGCCCGGAUUCUAUGUCUCUGGAUGGAUCAAAAGAGGCCCAAGCGGAGUCAUAGCUGCCACGAUGUACGACGCGUACGAAACAGCCGAAACUAUACUAUCGGAUAUCGAUCAGAAAAAACCAAUGAUUCCUAAUCCCGGGAUAGGGCCUAAACAAGGCGCGGACGCGAUAAUACCAUUACUAAAAGAAAGAGGUGUGCGUACUGUGUCAUUUGAUGAUUGGAAGAAAGUCGAAGAGAAAGAGAACGAGUUAGGUAGACAGAAAGGAAAACCGAGGGAGAAAGUUGUCACUACUGAGCAAGUUUUGGAAAUAUUGGGAGAUUGA